UAUUUGUCCAUUGUGAAGUAAAGAACGGUUUAUAUUAACCGAUCUCUCAUUCGUCCAAUUUGAUCUCAAAUCCACGGCAAAGGUUAUCCGGCAAAGCAAUAAUGUUGAAAGGGAUGAACAUCAUAUUAGCUCGCAUUGUGUAAUGAAUGAAGUAUCAUUUCAGGCCUGAUCUAAACCGAAUUUCGUUGCGCAUUUUAAUGUGCGUACUUGUACUUUUAAAGUGAUACCAAGAUGCAGCAAGGAAUAGCCAUUAGAUGGCGAUACCUGAAAGACAGUAUAAUGCAGAGGACAAAUUUGAACAGGGUCGACGAGGAAGAAAAGAGUGAAGAAACCCAAACAAUGAAAUCUAGCAAAAUUGAGGAUGGAGCUAAUUUGUCUCCUCUUCAUGUUGCUGCCAUUAUGGGUAACAAGUCUAAGAUGAUUCAGCUUUUAAAAGAACAUAAAGAAGACAUAGAUAAAGGGGACAAGAUUGGAAGAACACCUCUUAUUUAUAGUAUCUUGGGAGACAGAUGUGACUGUGCUGAGGCACUCAUAAAAUCUGGGGCAGAUGUGAGUAAGGCUGAUGUUGAUGAGAGAACUGCUCUACACUGGGCAGCAUAUCAGGGAAAUCAAAAGUUUGUCAAACUAUUGCUGGAUAAAGGGGCAAAACAAGGUUUACAAGAUAAAGAAGGAAGGACUCCACUACACUUGUCACUAAGCCAUGAUAACAUAAAGGUUAUGGCAAGGCUUCUAAAAGAUGCAGAUAUUGAUUGCCAGGAUGGUAACGGGAUGACUCCGCUGCAUUUCAGUGUUGCUUAUGAACGUGUCGAGCACACUAAAAUGUUGCUGCAUGCAAAAGCUUCUCCAGACUGUCUGGAUAAUAGUAAAAUGACUGUGUUACACUGGGCAAAAACAAACAAAGAAACCACUAUUGUCAGCAAGCUUUUGGACUAUGAGCGAGUCAUGUUGAUUUUAAACUCGAAGGACAGCGAGGGUCGAACUGCUUUACACCUGUAUGUUGCUGUCGAUAACAAGGCAUUAGUUCGUUAUUUGGCAUCACGCGAAGACUGUUUGCUCUCCGAACAAGAUCACAUGCAAAGGACUCCAUUGCACCUUGCAGCCAUUCUUGGUCACACUGAAAUUGCAGAGGUCCUUCUAAGUCAUGGCUGCGAAGCUCUCAUCCCGGACAACAACGGUGUCCGACCUCUUCACUACGCGGCACAGAAUAACUUUGCAAAGACUUUGGAAGCAAUGUUGCAGCAUGAAAACGUUAAUGACGAACCGGACAAUGAUGGUCGCACCGCACUUAUGUGGGCCGCUGCUAAAGGUGCCUACGAUGCGCUGAAUGUGUUCAUAUCACAAAAGCCAGAUGUUCUAGCGUGCGAUUGCUUUGGCGCUACAGCCCUUCACAUGGCAAGUGAGGGAGGACACAUCCAGUGCGUGUCUUUGCUGUUACAGCACCAAGCAGGCGUCAAUGCACUCGAUGAGCAGCAAUAUACACCAUUAUUUUGUGCCUGUCAAAUGGGACAUCGUGAAGUUGUCGAGACACUGCUUUUACAUGGUGCCGUUGUUGAUCUUGAAGAUAAGGAGGGUCGAACGCCAUUACACUGGGCGGCGGUUGGAGGUCGCACGGAAAUCUGUGCAAUGCUUAUCAGCCAUGGAAGUGAUGUUUCAAAACGAGAUAAGCUUGGGCGCCCAGCUUUACAUUAUGCUGCUUAUGGUGGGUUCUUCAGCUGCAUGUCCUUGUUAUUGGAAUAUGGUUCAGAUGUUGAUGUCCGUGACAAUACGGGUGUGACUGCGCUUCACUGGGCCUGUGCCUCAGGAUCUCUGGAUGCCGUGAAAUUGCUGUUUACAUACAAUGCAUUUCCAAAUUUUGUUGAAACUGAGGGAGACAAGCUUACCCCCUUGGAUUAUGCAAUAGUUCGAGAACACCAAGAUGUUGCUCAGUUCAUGAUUGAGCACGGUGCGUUCACCAUUGCUGGAAUACAAGACGAGGCCGCCACUGUAAUACAAGCCACUUGGCGAGGAUAUAGCUGGAGAAAAUCUUUUGAGGAGCGAAAGCAGUUUCUGAUUCUACACGAGAAACGACGUAGAGAAACAAAGAAAAAGUCGAAUACUGGAGAAAAUGAGCUUCCCCGGUUGACAUACGAGGGCAGUCAGUUUGAAAGUGAUGCAGGGCUUUCAAAAAGCUUCCCUAAAGAUACUUUUGGGGCUCCCGAAUUAAAUGAGAAGUUUAAUGGCAGCGCGUAUUUGGAGAAAGAAAGCGAUAUACGAAAACCUUAUAUACAAAACGACGAAUUUGAACAUAUGGACGCUUAUGAUAAUUACCUAGUACACAAUCCAUCUGGUGUAAGCUAUGAUGAACUCGUGAAAAAUGAGCUUUCCCAAGACCAUUACCAGAGACAAUCUGAUGUACGUUUUUUGGACAAAGAUAUAGAUGAAAAUGAGAAAGGAGGUUCUGCGAGAAUGGUUUCCAGCGAAAAGUGCGAUAAUAGUUUGGGUAAAAGUUUGGAGAGCGAUGAAGGAUUUUUACUUGAAAAUAAAUUUCAAAGUAAAAUCGGUCUAAAUGACUCGCGUUCAUAUCAAAAUGAUGUUGAACAGGAAAGAGGUAUGCAAAUUGGUCUAAGAAACGAAAAACAGUCUCUGAGUUCGUUACCAGAAAUAAAUUAUACUCAAAAAAAACUGCCUAAUCAAAAAAGAGAGGAAAUCCAUAAAGUUAAAAAUGUUUCAGAAAGAUUAAUACUAGAUGACGAAAUGAAAAAACCUGGUCCAGGUGAUCAAUUGUCAAAUCGAGUAGAAAAAGAAUAUGAGACAAAAGUUCUGGAUCGGCAAAUUUCGCUUGAUGUUGGAGAUCAGUCUGUGAUUCAAAGAACUGCAAGGCUUUACAAGGCACUGCCUACACCGAGUACUUCAUCAAGUACAUAUAGUUUUAGUUCAAAUGGCAAUUUAAAACCGUGGCAAAUAUAUAAACGAGAACGACAUCGAAAGCUUCUGAUAAGGCGGAAAAUAGAAUCUGCAGUUGUUAUUCAAAGAGCAUUUAGGACUCACAUUUCAAAGCAGCGCUCGUCUGAUGGAGGGAGAACGAGCACGGCUGUGAAGGAAAUUGAAGCUCGAGAUAGGCGUAUUAUGGAAGAUAUAGCUGCGUUAGUGAUCCAGCUACAUUGGAGAAAAUACAUGAAAAGGAAGUUGAUGAAAGAGAAGCAGGAAGAAAAACGGGAGGCAUUGGAUGCUAGACUCCUAAGCGCACGCGACAGGAAACAAAAAUUCACUCUACGACCUCGUUCAUCUGAAAAUAAUGAAACACCUCGUAGGAGAAUAACUUCUAGUAAAACGAGACCGAAAAAUACAGAUAACAGUACGCCUAGAGCUCCAAAUCAACGCGAGGAGUUCCCUAGCAUAAAAAAUACCAAUACUAAAGUUGAUGAAGUGCAAGUUGGAAUUCGGGAUCAUACCAGUCAAUUGAAAUCAAGGCCGAAAACAGACGGAAACGACAGUAGAAGAGGCAGCCGAACAGGGCAGAAAAUAUCAUUGGCACCUGCGAAGCAGAGUCGCUUUCAUGGGGCAUCAACCAAAGAAAACCAGGCAACUGCACAGGCUGUUUCCACGACUGCUUUCAAAAUGUACAUGCCUCAAAAUUGGUCAUCAAAUUUGCAAAAAUUUCCUGUUCGAUACUGAUAUGGCUGAUAAAUUUUUCAAAAAGAUUGGAUCUCUUCCAUUGCGGCAGUUUCUCAUACUCUGUCACAGUCAUUCCAAAUACCUUUUUGAAGUCUUCUGGUGACAGGUAGAACUGAAAGAUGUUUAUUGGCAAAAGUUUAUGAAACAGUUGUCUAAGAAACU